AUGAAUUUCGGUUUCAACGGGUUGGUGGGUAACCUUUCCCCUCUGGAGCCAAUUCCCUCAUCUAUGAUUGGGUUGAAAGCCUUAAAAGAAUUAGACCUUUCUCACAACAAUUUGUGGUGUGAAAUUCCAAAAUUUCUAGAGCGUUUUGUCUUAUUGAAGAAACUAGACCUAUCUUUCAAUAACUUUUGGGGAGCAGUACCAACUGGAGGUGCUUUUGAAAAUGCAAGAGUGAUUUUAAUUACUGGCAACCCCAUGCUCUGUGGCGGAAUUGCUAAUCUCCAACUGCCCAAGUGCGAGUCCCCGAAGGGAGGAUCAUCUCGUAGCUUGAUAAUCCGUUUAGUACUCUCUGGACUUGCUCUUCUCGGAAUUGCUAUGGAGAUGUACUAUUUCUUUCUUUGUUCGUCGAAAAAGAAGAGGAAAGAAAUUCCAUUGAGCACAUUGCCGAACUCUCUUGUGCAAGUGUCAUAUGCUACUCUCCUAAAAGCUACUGAUGAGUUCUCUUCCGCUAAUCGGAUUGGUGCAGGCAGUUUUGGGUCUGUGUACAGAGGAGUUCUUUAUGAUGAUGGUAAAGCCCAGCUUGUUGCUGUGAAGGUGUUCAACUUGUUGCGGCAUGGAGCAUCAAAGAGUUUCAUAUCCGAAUGUGAGGCUUUAAGAAACAUCAGGCAUCGAAAUCUUGUCAAGAUUAUAACUGCAUGUUCAAGUGUUGAUUUUCAUGGUCAUGAUUUCAAGGCUCUGGUUUACGAGUACAUGGAGAGAGGAAGCUUAGAGGAGUGGCUGCAUCCUCCUACUGAAAUUGAAGAGGUAAGAGAGGCACUCAAUCUAGAGCAAAGACUAGACAUUGCCAUUGAUGUUGCUUGUGCAUUGGAUUAUCUUCAUAAUAAUUGUGAAACACCGAUAGUUCAUUGUGAUCUCAAGCCAAGCAAUGUUCUUUUGGAUAACGAGAUGACUGGACAUGUUUCUGACUUUGGACUCGCAAGAUUUCUCUCCCAAAAAACUGGUACCAAUGCUUCAGAAAAUCAAACAAGUUCCAUUGGAAUAAAAGGAACAGUUGGUUAUGCUGCUCCAGAGUACGGUAUGGGAAGUGAGGUGUCAACAAAUGGAGAAGUCUACAGCUUUGGUAUUCUUAUGUUAGAGAUGUUCACAGGAAAGCGACCCACCGACGACAUGUUUUAUGGGGACCUAAACCUUCAUACUUUUGUCAAAAUGGCUUUCCCUGAGCGAGUUAUGGAGAUUGCAGAUUCAACACUUUUUGAAGGAGGCAUUAACGAGAGAAGGGUUCGAAAGAUUGAGGUGUGCUUGAAUUCAAUUUUUAGAGUUGGAAUUGAAUGCUCUGCUGAAUCACCAACGGACCGUCUGAAGAAUAUCAGUGAUGCUGCAUCUCAACUGCAUUUCAUUAGAGAUGUUCUUCUUGGCACUACUAAAAAACUGGGCUAA